AUGGCCCGCAACAGCACCGUCAAUGGCGUCGCCAAGUACUCUCGAUCGAAGAUGUAUUCUCGACGAGCCCAGCACAAGCGAACCAAGCCAGUGACCAAGGUCGAGGCCAAGAAGGCUGCCUUCGUCUCCACCAAGACCGUCGGCGGUGACAAGAACGGCGGCACCCGAAAGGUCGUCGCUCGACGAGAGCCCAAGUACUACCCAACUCUUUCCAUCCGAAAGAAGCUCGUCGGACACGGCCAGAAGACCUUCUCCGCCCACCAGCACAGCCUCCGAUCCUCCAUCGUCCCAGGAUCCGUCCUCAUCCUCCUCACCGGUGUCCACCGAGGCAAGCGAGUCGUUUUCUUGAAGCAGCUCGAGUCUGGACUUCUCCUCGUCACCGGACCUUACAAGGUCAACGGAGUCCCACUCCGACGAGCCAUCGCUUCCCAGGUCAUCGCAACCUCCGCCAAGGUCGAUGUCUCCAACAUCGCCGUCCCCGAGCACGUCAACGACGCCUACUUCAAGCGAACCAAGGCCGCCAAGAAGACCGAGGAGGGCAUCUUCGAGAAGACACAGGAGAAGUACUCCGCCUCCGAGCAGCGAAAGGCUGACCAGAAGAGCAUCGAUGCCGCUCUCCUCGCCCCCAUCGCCGCCACUCCCUACCUCAAGGGAUACCUCCAGGCGCAGUUCGGCCUUUCCCGCGGACAAUACCCCCACAACUUGAAGUUCUAA